AUGGGUAGUCAUAGAGGGAAUCCAAAAUAUAUUUAUUAUGUCGGAAGUUCGGAAUAUCAGGAGGCAUGGUUUGAUAAAGCCAACAAUUAUAGGAAUACUCAUACAUCUUUAUUAUUUGAAGAUGUUAGUAGUAAAGUAUUAUCACUAGACGAUAAUUCGGAUGAUGAUAAAUUAAUGAAAAUGCAAGUCGAUAUGAAGUCAUUGCAAGAUGUUGUAACUGAAAAAUUGAUUUCUGUUGAAGAGA